UAGCUACUAUAACAUUUGCUACCUAUCCAAAAAUGGGAUAAUUAACUAUUUUGCACAACCCGGAACUAAAAUCUAUAAAAGCGUUUCCGUGUCGACCGAUCUUUAGAAGCGGACCGCUAGCUGUCAAGCAAAUAACGCUUCCGUUUUAUCAAUCCUGGACAGAGUUGAACAGCUUUACCUCGACGCCGAGAGAAAGUCUUUUUUUUACGCGUUCACAUCGACAUGCAGAAUACUUGACGUUAUUACAGCUAGCUUUGAACUACAUUCACGUCCACGUCGCGUUCCGUCAUCAAACAUGGAGAAAUUUGAAGGCUACAUGUUCACUGCGCUCUGCAGCACCAACUUUUUGAUAUCCUGCCUGCUGUUCUCCAGAGUCACGCGGGAGCAAAGGGAGCCGUACAUGGACGAGAUUUUCCAUGUCCCGCAAGCUCAGAAAUACUGCCAUGGAAAAUUCAACGAGUGGGACCCGAUGAUCACCACUCUCCCGGGCCUCUACCUCGUCUCCGUGGGAGUCAUCAAGCCCAUUGUGUGGCUCGCUGACCUGACGGGUCAGGUGGUUUGUUCCACGGCCAUGCUGCGCUUCAUCAACCUGCUUUUCAACUGUGGAAACCUUUACGUGCUCUAUCUGCUGGUCUGCAAACUGCACCUCCGCGACAAGACGAAAACCACCUCUCGCCGAGUCCUCUCGGCGCUGUCCCUGUCCACCUUCCCCGUGCUCUACUUCUUCAACUUCCUUUACUACACCGACGCCGGAUCUACUUUCUUCACCCUCUUCACGUAUCUCAUGACGCUCUACGGCUGCCACAAGGCCUCUGCGUUCCUCGGCGUUUGCUCCGUGCUCUUCCGUCAGACCAACAUCAUCUGGGUGAUGUUCUGCGCCGGCACUGUGGUGGCCACCAAAAUGGACGAGGUCUGGAGGGUGGAGCACGCCAAAAAGCGGGACGAAAAGUCCCCCGCGUCCCAGGUCCCUCUGUCGUACAGUGGCGCUAAGAAAGUAUCACUUUUUGUGCUGGAGUUCCUCACCUCCCCCAGCCACGUGAAGGCGGUGUUGCUGGUGGCGUGGCCCUACGCCGUGGUCGGCGCCAGCUUCCUGGCGUUUGUGGUGCUGAACGAUGGGAUAGUUGUGGGUGACAGGACGAGUCAUGAAGCCUGCCUCAACUUCCCACAACUCUUCUACUUCUUCUCCUUCGCCCUCUUCUUCUCCCUCCCCGUCUCGCUGUGUUACCAUCGCGCUCUUCGCUUCCUCCAGGCUCUGAGGAAGCAGCCGUUCUUAUUCCUCUUUGUCACAUGUGUGUGCCUGCUCCUGGUGUGGAAGUUCACCUUUGUCCACAAGUACCUCCUAGCAGAUAACCGCCAUUUCCCCUUCUACGUGUGGAACAGGCUCUUCCAGAGGCACGAGCUGGUACGCUUCCUCCUCGUGCCCGCGUACGUGUUCGCGGGAUGGAAUUUCCUGGACACCUUCAAGACGCACUCGCUCUUCUGGAGCCUGGCGUUCCUGGUGUGCCUCCUGGUCGCGACUGUGCCGCAGAAGCUGCUGGAGUUCAGGUACUUCAUUGUUCCAUACCUGAUGUACCGCCUCCACAUGCCCCUGCCCUCCUUUCCCAGACUCGUUGUGGAGUUUCUCCUGUACACGGCGGUGAACGCUGCCACACUUUACCUCUUUGUCAGUAAGACCUUCCGAUGGCCAGACAGCACAGCCCAACAGAGGUUCAUGUGGUGAGCCAACGGGACAAGCUCACGCCAGGAGUUACCACGACUCAAACAGGAUGUAGGUACCAAACGAGAACCACAGAAAUAAAGCUUCGGGUUACAUUUCAAUAAGAAACACAAAUGGCUUAUACUGUCAACAUUUUUGUACAGUCGCAUGUCAGUCGGAUCGUGUUUUGGGGUUGCCAUACGUUACAAUGAGAAUGAAUGAAUAUUGCUAGUUUUACUGUGACAGAAAAAAUCAAAAAUCAUUAAAUUGCAUGCUUUUCAGGUUUUAGUUUCACGGCCACAAACCCUGAAGUGAGGCUGUAAAUUUACCAUUAAUGAGUUCACAUGAAGUUAACAUGAAAAUAAGAAAAUCAAACGGGAAUUAUAAAAAAAAGGAACGUUUUGGACUUUAAUGCCAGAGUGGAGCUGUUGGUGUUGCAAAUCUGGUCUGAAUUAUCAUGUCACGUCUUUUUUUGUUGAUAGUUGUUUUGUUUGUUUGUUUUGACUCCAUCUGCAAUUUUUUGAUUGAAUGUUAAUCCCUUUCCAUGGCAGGAAAGUUAAUCAUGUAAUUUAAAAAUGAUCAACAGGUUUCAGGGAAUUGUCAAGGCCAGCUUUUGCUGCCCAUCAAUGACGAACUAUUUUGUAUUAUUAAUGUAAAUACCGUAUGUAGUUCUAUAAAUGUAUCUUUAAAGAAAAACACUGUAGAAGCAAGUUGAAUAUAUAAUAUGAACAGACCAAAAAUUCCAGCCAUAUUGUUCAGAAUUGUGUGGGAUGUUUUUUUCCUAACCCUAACCUACAUAUUUGUUAAUCAUGACAAAAUACAUACAGAUUUUUUACUUUGACCAAGCCAUAAAGAGCCACUGGAAGUUACUCAGAAUUGUGAUGUUUUUUGCUUGUUGUGUGUGUACCUUUUGAAUAAA